AAAAUUUUUUUCUUGUGAUGAGAACUCUUAAGAUCUCUCUUAGCAACUUUCCAGUAUACACUACAGUAUUAUUAACUGUAGUCACCAUCAUGUACAUUAGAUCCCCAUGAUUUAUUUUAUAACUGGAAGUUUUUACAUUUGACACCUUUCACCCACUUCACCCACAUCCCAGCCCCCACCCCUGGUAACCACCAAUCUUUGCUUUGUAUCUGUGAGAUCAGUUUUCUUUUUUUUUUAGAUACCACAUAUAAAUGAGAUCUUACAGUAUUUGUCUUUCUCUGUCGUCUUAUUUCAGUUAGCAUAAUGCCCUCAAGGUCCGUCCAUGUUGUCACAAAUGGCAAGAUUUCAUUCUUUUUUAUGGCUGAAUAAUAUUCCGUUGUGUAUGUAUACCACAUUUUCUUUAUCCAUUCAUCUGUCAGUGGACACUUCUCAGUUUACAGAGAAGGAAACUGAGGCUCAAUUAUGAAAUUAGCUUGCCAAAAAUUCCUAGUAACUAAAUGGUGGAGCCAGGUUUUAAAUUCAGGUCUAUGUAUGACUUCAAAGCCUGUACUUUAAAAAAAAAAAAUAACUCUGCUAUUAAUGAUCAAAUUCUAAGCUUUUUACAGUAGUCAUAUGUAAUUCUAUGAGUUUGUUCACUUGUCUAUUCAAAUGAUUUGAGACUUCUAAUAUCUUUAAUAUUAACUUUUCAUAUACCGGGAAUUAAAACACCUGGAAAGCUUAAUUUAUGGUCUACCUAAACACACACACGCACACACACACACCAUCCUUAUCUUUAAGAAUGAGAUAAAUGGCAAAUAAGAUUUGCUCAGUACAACCCUUCUGUUUGGAGCCCACAGGGAGUGAGUAAUUUUGGAUAGUUGAAAGUUUUACGCCUUUAAAAAUGAAAAUCAUAUUGACUGUUUUGAAUGGAAAAUUUUUAAAUGCACUAAGUUCCUUGCCUUCUUAAACACUAAGGAUAUUGAACAUAUUUUAACCUUUUAUGUCUCAGAGGAGUCAUUAUGAAUAUCAUUUAUUGUGCUGUGUUGUAAUAUGAUUUCCUCAGGGCUUUUAUUAUAUUUGACCCCCAAACUGCUCUGCAUUUUGAGUUUGUCUGUACUUUAUGUAGUCCAUUUCUUAAUGUUACUAAGAGGUGGUAAACCAUAGUGGUUAAAAGGGAGGACCGGGAAACCACACUUCCAGGAGUCAAGUCCUAGCUCUGCCACUUACUAGCAGCACAGUGAGCCCAGACAAGAUAGUUGACCCCUGUACAACUCAGUUGCCUCAUUCGUAAAAUGAGAAAAAUAAGAACAAUUUUCUCAGAAGAUUGGUGUGAGGAUAAAAUGAGUUAGUAUGUGUGAAGAACUCAGAACAAACCAAGCAUAUUAUAACAGCCAUAUGAGUGUUUGCAAAUAUUGUUAUUAGUCUGGUUUUGGCCUUAGGUUCUUUGAAAAUUGCAUUCUAAUUCUUUGAAAAUUGUUAUUCCUUGAACAAUAUUUGAUAUAUGGUAAUUGCGAGUUUACUAGAGAAUUAAAUUAACCUCACUAGAAUCCCUUAUCCUAAGCCAUUCUGCGGAAAUGUUAGUUUAUUAAAUUCGCUUUCAUUGUGUCUGUGUAAUGCAAUAUGCCUUUUUGUUGGUGUGUUUGGAGUAGAGAUUUCAAAUAUUUUACUUAAUAGGUACAUCAAAAUAAUGGACUUUUAAUUUCUAUUUUGAAUUUGGAGGAUAUUUCAUUGAUUUAAAUUAUGGCUUACCAAUACAUGGGAACCCUCUUUAUUUUUGAAUUGAAUAUCCGUUGAUUUACACAUCCGUUUAUGGUGCCCUGCGCUGGUAUACUGUUGCACUCUUGUUAUGAUGCUAUGUGGAUAAGUGCCUCCUCAUAAAACCACCAUUGUGCGUUGGCCGCAUAUAAAGUUGUUUCCUCAGUGCAAUCUCUUUCCUUCUCUUUCUCUUCAAGGAGGUAAAAAAAUUGACUCUAUCAACAAAGUGAAAUAAUAUUCCGUAUGAAAUUUGCAAGGGGACUAAAAGUUGUGGAACCAUAAUUUGUGACACCAGGUGGUUUUUGAUAAGCAGCCAUUUAUGAUUUCAGAAGAUUAAGGCAGAUGGGAAGCCCCUUCUGAGAUUUUAACAAAGCUCUUGAACAACAACCUACGCCAUGGACAUAAAGCUGGACCCUUCCCAAGAUGACCUGCCUCUCAUGGCCAAUACCAGCCACACACUUGUGAAGCACUAUGUACUGGAUUUAGAUGUGGAUUUCAAAAGUCAAAUCAUUGAGGGCACCAUUGUGCUUUUCUUUGAGUCUGGAAGCAGAUUCAAGAAACAGAGUAGUUCCACCGAGGAAACCUGCCAAUCAGAGUCAAAUGAAGCCUGCAAGUUUAGGAUGCCUGAAGCCUGCCAUAUUCCUGUGACAAAUACAAGGACCUUCUCAUCUAAAAUGGGAUAUAAUGAUUUUACAGUCUGUGGCAAAGGUGAAAAAGAUACUUCUGGUAAAGAUGGUAACCAUGACAACCGGGAACAGGCUUCUGGGAUUUCUAGCUCAAAGUACUGCUGUGACACAGGGAAUCAUGAGAGUGAGGAUUUUUUGCUAGUGUUGGACUGCUGUGAUUUAUCUGUGUUAAAGGUUGAGGAGGUGGAUGUUGCUGCUGUGCCAGGUAUUGAAAAAUUUACGAAGUCUCCCAAGCUCACGGUUGUUUCUGAGGAGCUCAGGAAUCAGAUUAUACAUGAACUUGUGACUCUGCCUGCGGAUCGUUGGAGGGAGCAGUUAGACUAUUAUGCUCGCUGCAGCCAGGCUCCUGGCUGUGGGGAACUCCUGUUUGACACUGACGCUUGGAGCUUACAGAUCAGGAAGACAGGGGCUCAGACAGCUAGUGAUUUUCCUCACGCCAUAAGGAUACGGUACAGAACCAAACCCCAGGGGCGAUCAGUUACAUGGACCUCAGACCAGAGUGGCAGGCCAUGUGUUUAUACUAUGGGAUCUCCCAUAAACAACAGGGCCCUUUUUCCAUGCCAGGAGCCACCCGUUGCCAUGUCAACAUGGCAGGCUACAGUGCGAGCAGCUGCAUGUUUUGUUGUUUUAAUGAGUGGGGAAAAUUCUGCCAAGCCAACACAGCUUCAGGAAGGGUGCUCAAGCUGGCAUUACUACGUUACCAUGCCAAUGCCAGCCUCUACCGUCACCAUUGCAGUGGGAUCCUGGACAGAAAUGAAGCCAGAGACCUGCUCAUCACAUGAUCUGGCAACAGAGAGAUCCUUCUCACCUUCUGAGGCUGACUUCAGGUAUGUUGGCGUUUGUGGUCACAUGGAAUACCCCUGCCGCUUCCAGAUUGCUUCUGCCACCACUCAGGAGAUCAUUCCUCAUCGGGUUUUUGCCCCAGUGUGCCUUAGGGGUGCCUGCCAAGAGACCCUUCUGCGGCUGAUCCCUCCUUGCCUCUCAGCAGCACACUCUGUCCUGGGAACACACCCGUUCUCCAGGCUGGAUGUACUCAUUGUCCCUGCCAACUUUCCAAGUCUGGGGAUGGCCAGCCCACACAUCAUCUUCCUCUCUCAGAGCACCCUGACAGGAAUGAGCCAUCUCUGUGGGACCCGUCUCUGCCAUGAAAUUGCUCACGCCUGGUUUGGCCUAGCUAUUGGGGCCCGUGAUUGGACGGAGGAGUGGCUGAGUGAAGGGUUCGCCACUCACUUGGAAGAUGUAUUCUGGGCCAGAGCCCAGCAGCUGGCCCCGCACAAGGCCCAGGAGCAGCAGGAGCUGAGGGCUUGCCUGCGCUGGCAUCGCCUCCAGGACGAAGUGCGGAACUCCCCUGAGGAGAUGCAGGUGUUGAGACCCAACAAAGAGAAAACUGGCCACGUAAGUGAUUCGGGAUCGUCUGUCAUCAAACACGGGCUCAAUCCAGAGAAGGUCUUCAUGCAGGUUCAUUAUUUAAAGGGCUAUUUCCUUCUCUGGUUCCUUGCCAAAAGACUUGGAGAUGAUGCCUAUUUUUCAUUUCUAAGAAAAUUUGUACACACGUUUCAUGGGCAGUUGAUUCUUUCCCAGGAUUUCCUUCAAAUGCUGUUGGAGAACAUCCCAGAAGAAAAACGGCUUGACUUGUCUGUUGAAAACAUCUUCCGAGACUGGCUUGAGAGUUCUGGAAUACCACAGCCGCUGCUGAGGGAGCGCCAGGCCGGGGCGGAGUGCGGGCUCGCGCGGCAAGUGAGCGCCGAGGUCGCGAAAUGGAUUCGAGUGAACCGGAGACCCCGAAAACGAAAACGAAGGGAGACCGAAGAAGUGUUUGAGAAGCUUCUUCCAGACCAGCUGGUCUUGCUUCUGGAAUGUCUCUUGGAGCGGAAGACCCUGAACCCCCGAACUCUGCAGAGCCUUGAGAGGACGUACCACCUCCCUGAGCAGGACGCAGAGGUUCGCCAUCGGUGGUGUGAACUCAUUGUUAAGCACAGAUACACAAAAGCUUACAAAGAUGUGGAGAGAUUCCUUCAGGAGGAUCAGGCCAUGGGCAUAUACCUUUACGGGGAGCUGAUGCUGAGUGAGGACGCUGGGCAGCAGCAGGUCGCCCGCAGGUGCUUCAAGCUGACCAGGGAGCAGAUGGAUAGAUCCUCAGCAGAGGUGGUGGCCGAGAUGUUAUUUUAAAGAGGCUGUGAGAGAACUUGAGGUUCCUCAGGCUGUCCCCGCCUGACCCAUGAGGCUGGCAGGAGGCCCUCGGCCAAAGGGUGCCGCUCGCUUCUCCAUCACCCCGUGUGUCUUCAGGCACAACUUACCUGGUUGCGUUGGAGCAGAAUUUCUCCCCAGUGUAUGCUGGACUGGGAGUCCUAAAUUACUUAAACGACUUCCUUUGUUAAUUGUGCUUAGAAUUUAUCUGUUAGGUUGACGUCCUAGCAGUCAGUUUUUCUAACUGUGGGUUUCUGCAUUUUAAAAGUAUUUAGCAGUGGUACAUAAAGUUUUAUAAGUAGAACUGUGAGAUUAUAAGUGUAUUUUUUCCUCUGACAAUCAUUAUCGUUUAUGUGUCUUCUCAGUUUUUCUUCAAGGUUUUACAUGAUAUAAUAGGGUGUAUCUAAUUUUAUAUCUUUUUUUAAUUUAGUGUCAAAUCUCAAGCAUUUUUCAUGUAUAUAGCUUCUCUAUAGAUAUAAUUUUAAUGGAUAUUAAAUAUUUUAUGUUGAUAUUCUUAACCCAUUGUUAGACGUUUAGUUUGCUUGUAAUGUUUUGCUCUUAUAAAAACCAUUUCUGUCUAAUAUGUUUGUCUUAUUUAUUUGAAAGAACUCUAAUACUGAGGAGAGCGAAAAAGUGUUUCUCGAGUAUGGUCCUGCUCUCCAGAAGAGUCAGGGGACUGUGUGCGGGAACGGGGACAGUGGAGGCCAUGGCAGCAGCUGGCCCUCUUGUAGUAGAGCCGCCGCGUGCGGCUCACAGACCCGCGAGCAGCCUCAGGCCCUGUUCAAGACGGACGACCCGUGUGAAACCAGAGCAGUCACACAGUUAGCUUGCUGCCAGCCUUCUACAGUCAUUGGUAGAUGUCAGAUUUCUCUUUGGACGUUCAGUUUCAUGGAGGGGGUGUGUUUCUGGAAGUGUGUGUGGCUGCACUAGGGCAUCUGUCCUUUGACGGGUCCCCAUCCUCCAUGGGGUGGAGGCCACACAGCGCUGGCGGGUCUUCCUUGUGAUUUUUUGCCCCAAGCAGGCAAAGGAGUAGCCUGGUCCCGAGUCUGCUGUUUUCUCACCUUCCCUCCUGUUGUCGCCCUUCUAGACAAACAUGGGUCACGCGCACCCCUUCGCCCCCACCCCCGCCUUCUCCGUGAAGAGCAGUGGCGAAGGCCACUCUGAGUGGCUCCUUCCAGCUGUCGGGAGUCCUUCCCAACCUGGGGGCGGGGGGCACAGACGUCCCAGACCACUUAGACUGCGUGUCCCGGGGUGCGAGGCAGUGCACCGACUGAGCAAGGGCCGCCACAGGAUGGCCAGGCCGUGCGGUUUUCAUUUCACGUCCCAAAGCUGCACUGGCAUUUGCAUAGUGGUCUCUGAGUCCUUUUGAUUUAAAAAAUAUACCUCUAGGACUCCCAAGUAAAUGAGCAACAGACAGAAAUAAAACCCCUUUGGUAGCGUAGCAGGCCUGGAGGUGGUGUCGUCGCCUCAUGUCUGAGGAACCCGGUGCGUGCGAUGUGGGCUGUGACCCGGCAGGCACGGCGCUGCCCCAGAGUGCUCUGGCUGCUUGGGUUCCUGGCAUGCUGAUUUGUGACUUAAGAUUAAAAUCACAUUGCCAGGGAUUACCACGCAACCACGACCUUGGCUGCUCCUCCAGAAGCCAUAGUUCUCUCUCUGCAGUUUGGAGAACAGAUGCAUCUCAUAGCUCUUCUCUGGAAACAAGAAGCCAACAGCCGUGGAAGAUGCUCGCCGGCCCUUUCAUUUUGCCCAGCCGACGACCUCUCUGAUGAGGUGCAGAGCUUAGCUGAUUGGUGAAC